CGCGAGCUGCCCAAUCAAUGGUGCAGGGAGGAAGCGGCCACGUGACAGAGCGCGCGGGGACUGCGAACCGGCACUUUGGAAGAGGUUUUGAGAUCCUGAGAUGUCAGAUGAAAUAUGCCCAAAAUAAAAUUAAAUGGUAUUACUAUCGAUUUUCCAUUUCCACCCUACAAAUGUCAGGAAGAAUAUAUGUCCAAAGUACUUGAAUGCCUGCAAAAGCAAGUGAAUGGAAUUCUGGAGAGCCCCACCGGCACAGGGAAGACAUUAUGCCUCCUGUGCUCAGCCUUGGCUUGGCAAGGACACUUCAAGGAUGCUGUUUCCGCACAAAAGAUUGCUCAGCGAUUGAAUGGAGCUGAACUCUUUUCGGACCAGCCCUUGUCGUCUUGGGGUAAAGCUGUCACGGGGACUGAUGUUCCAGCUUAUUACAGUGAUGUCCCUAAAAUAAUUUAUGCCUCCAGAACACAUUCUCAGCUUACUCAGGUCAUCAGUGAAUUAAAGAAUACUGUUUACAGACCCAAAGUAUGUGUGUUGGGUUCCAGAGACCAGCUUUGCAUCCACCCUGAAGUUAAAAGGCAGGAAAACAAUCACAUGCAGAUCCAUUUGUGUCGUUUGAAAGUGACAGCUCGGAUGUGCCAUUUCUAUAACAAUGUGGAAGAAAAAAGCACCGAGAAAGACCUGAUUAAUCCCAUCUUGGACAUUGAAGACCUUAUUAAAAAUGGAAACAAACACAGAGUUUGCCCCUAUUAUCUUUCUCGGAAUCUGAAACAGCAAGCAGACAUCAUUUUUAUGCCUUAUAAUUAUUUGCUGGACUCAAAGAGUCGAAGAUCUCACAAUCUGGACUUGAAGGGGACUGUAGUAAUACUUGAUGAAGCUCACAAUGUGGAGCGGUUGUGUGAAGAAUUGACAUCAUUUGAUUUGACUCCUUAUGACUUAGCUUCAGCUGUUGAUGCCAUCAACAUAGUGUUAGAAGACCAAGCCAGAAAAGUUGAACAGAAUGAAAUUAACUCUGAAUUCAACAUGGAACAUGUCAGUUCAGGACUAAACAUGGACCUUGAAGAUAUAGCAAAAAUAAAGCGGAUUCUUCUUCAGCUAGAAAGUGCUAUUGAUGCUGUAGAACUCCCACCAAGUGGAAGUGGACUCACGAAAGAUGGAAGCUACAUAUUUGACUUGUUUGCAAAGGCUCAAAUCACAUUCCAAACCCAGAAUUCUCUCAUUGAAUCACUGGAACAAAUUGUGCAAUAUUUAGCAGGCC